AUGUGUUCUUCAGAUAUCUUCCUCGGCUUGAUUGCCAUCCUCUUUCCCCCAAUUGCAGUCUGGGUCAAGUGCGGCAUAUGCUCCGCCGACUCUCUCAUCAACAUCUGCCUUUGCAUGCUGGGUUUCGUCCCUGGACUCCUCCACGCAUGGUACAUCAUCGCCAAAUUCCCCGAAUAUGACUACGACUCUCUUCCCCAAGAUGCCGAGGAGGGCCGAGUCACCUAUGUAAUCGUCACUUCUCCCAACGGCAGAAAGACAAGAGUUCCUGCAAAGAAUGCGCGACCUGGUCAGCAAAGUGCGUAUGGAACGACGGCUCCGAUGGCCCCGCCCGUUCAUCAGGAUCAGAACGGAACGUGGAACAAUAAUGGUGCGGAGGGAAGUAGUGGCGGUGCGGUGCCGCCUACUUAUGCCGAGGCUGUGAAGGGAGAUCAUAAGGUACAGACUAGGGAUUAA